GAAUUUUUUCUCUGCAGUUUUUCCCAGAAAAUGUGGAGAACUUUCAUUAAUCAGAGGUAAUUUUAAAAAAUACAAUAGAAGCUAUAUGCACAUUGUGGGCCUGUACCGAGAGAAGUGGCUGUUGGCAUGAAGCCCCUCUCUCUCUCUAUCUCUCUCUCUCUAUGCUACUUUUUUUUUAUUCAUCUAGUAAAACGCCGCUUCAAGUGCACACAUUCUCUGUUUCUUUUCUUUUUCUCUCUGAAACAUGCACACACACACACACACACACAUACGUCCACGUCCAUCUGGCCGCCGUCUACCGCGGGGCCCGACCAUCGCCUCUCUGAAGACAAAAGAAGGAUUUGAUUUAUUCCCCCACACCGGGUAAAUACAGUCUAACCAUGUGGUGCGCGGUGUAACCAAUGGGCGGCCGGGAAGAAGGUAAGGGCAGGAAAAAAAUUACUACCAUUUUAGGGGAGGAUGCAAGCCACUAUACCGGCCCCGUCGAACGUUUUACAGUCGCACUUAAGUGUCUUUUUAUUGAAAUAAUAAAAUAAACAUGUCGCUAACGAAUUAUUAUUCCAUGAUGGGGCUGCAGAGCGAGGAGCCGUACGGCGCACACUUCAUCCCGGGGAGCUUGCAGGGCUCGACGGCGGGCUGCGCAAAGUCCGCCCGGGGAGCGGAGGAGGAGGAGGGGACCCCCGGCGCACACAUUCCGGAUUUUUCCCAUUUUUCCAGCAACAAACAAACGAGCUUAAACGGCUUUUCACCUUGGACAAACACCUCCACCUCGUCCUCGUCCCCAUCCCCACAGCUGCAGUCCGCGCCCGGCGCCGCCAUCCCCGGUCUCUUUCAUCCGCAUCACCUCCUGGGCCACCACCACCACCACCACCACCACCACCACCCGUACUACGGCCCGCAGACGCAGACGCACGCCGAGCAGCUCGCGCCCUCGGCGGCCGCGGAGAGCAGGUUCGUCCGCUGCUGGGAGGGGGUGACCCCGAGCUCGGACACCGCUCUGCCGCCCGCGCCGGCCGGCUUCCCCGCGUGCCUGUCGGCCCAGGGUGACCUCUCCGACGCGAGCGCGCGGUACGAGCCGGUGAAACCCGAGAACUCCCCGCCGUCGCACCACGACAGCCCCGGGGACUCCAGCUUCGCCAGCACGGCCGAGGUGGUCCUCGAGCGGCUCGGCACCGUGGAGGAGCUGGGGAGGAAGGCCGAACCCAAGAAGGAGGACGAGGGGAGGAAGACACCGCAGCAGCAGCAGCAGCAGCAGCUUGACCCGGAGAACCCCUCGGCCAGCUGGAUCCACGCCAAGUCGACCCGGAAGAAGAGGUGUCCGUACACCAAGCACCAGACCCUGGAGCUGGAGAAGGAGUUCCUCUACAACAUGUACCUGACCAGGGACCGGCGCCUGGAGGUGGCAGGACUCUUAAAUCUCACAGAGAGACAGGUCAAAAUCUGGUUCCAGAACAGACGGAUGAAGAUGAAGAAGCUGAUGAUCCGGGAGAGGAGGAGCAUCAACGAAUGAUGGAUUGAGAGGGUGGG